AACCAAUAAUACUACUAAUAAGAAUGACUAAUGCAGGUGAACAAGUAUGAUGAUGCUUGGAAAAAGCAAUGGUACGGAGCGGGACUAUUCUACGAGGGCGGAGAACAAGUGGAAGUUGAUGUGUUCAAAAAACUGGAGAAGCGAAAAGUUUUGAGCACUGUGGAGAAAGCUGGGCUUCUAUCAAAGGCUGAAGAACUAGGCUUUACGCUGUCCUCCAUAGAGAGGUUAGGAGUAUUUUCAAAGGCCGAAGAACUGGGGCUGCUCAGUUUGCUGGAGAAGGCAGCGAGUUUCUCGCCUUCUGCUCUGGCAUCGGCGGCGCUCCCUAUUUUAGUGGCGGCUAUACUAGCAAUCGUGUUGAUACCUGAUGAUUCCGCGGGUCUUGUGGCGGUCCAGGCCGUUUUGGCUGGAGCACUCGGGUUGGGAGCUGUCGGGUUGUUAGUUGGGUCAGUUGUUUUGGAUGGGUUGCAGGAGGCUGAUUGACCAUCGUGUAUAUCCAACCUCACUUGAAAACUACCCAAAAAACGGAAAAGAAAGGAACCAAUUCCUGAAAACGUCAAAUAAAAGGGAUAUUUUUAUGCUUCUUACUUUUUAGCUGUGACUGUGAGAUUCAUAUCGUCUGUGUCAAUUUAUUUGGAAUUUUGGUGUAGUUAUUGUUGCUGUACGUUCUAGCUGUUACAUGCCUUACUUGACAUUAGAUUUGUGUUGAAACUUGAAACUAAACCAAUUCUUAAGGUUACGCUCUUGAAUAAUUUUUGUAGUUAUUGUAUGUGAA